AGGUACACUGAGGCAGAGAGGGAGGAGGAUGGGUGUGGUGAGGGCCGCUCCUCCUGCCUGCACCACACAGGGGAGGGCAGGGCUUGGGGAUGUGAAGUGGGUCCCAGCUGGGUCAGGACCACCUGAACCACAGCGCCCCGGAGGAGACGCCGCAGGAGGGGCACAUCUGAGACAGCAUCGCUUGGGAGGAAGUUUGGAGCCACCGAUAUGCCGUGUACUCUCCCCGCUCAUCCCUGCUUCCUGGGCAGAGCAUAUGUGGAGUUUUGGACAGGCAAGGGGAGAGAGGGGGAUUGACGGUGAAGAUGCAAAUACCUGCUCAGCAUCGACCCUAGUGCGGGUCCCAAGACCAUCCCCCUGUGCAGGCUCCACCACCGCUGUGCUAACUGGACCGCGGCAGAAGAGUGUGGGUGUGUGCCAGAAGUUUUCAUGGGCUGAGCUGCUGAGUUCAGCCUGGGAACUGAGGCCAACAUCGGAGUCUCCUCGGCACACAAGUUUGAAAGAAGUCCUAGUGACUUCAAGCUCAGAACCAUGGACGGCAGGGCUCCCUCUGGAUGUGGAAUUCUCCGUCCCUUUCCAGGGAGGGAACAAAGCCCACAAGCACCGAGACUCCUUCAGGGUGAGCAAAGGCCUGGAAACCUGUAUGCAGUUAAAGAAAAGGAAAGAAAGAGAUAAUCAGUGCAUGCAGUUGUCAGCUGGCUGGGACCUGAGGAGAGUCACUUGUGGAGGCAACUGGUCUUUAUCCCUAUUGUCCGGUACAAGGCAGGCAUUAAUCCUGUGAUCCUUAUCUGAAGCUCAGGUUUGAUUUUAUUCUUUUCUUAAGUACCUAGUGUUAUCCCCAAGCUUGUAAUGAUAGUUUAAUUGUUACAGCCAAUAUCUCACC